UGGGCAAAUAAUAAUGAAAUAACUCUUAGUACUAUUAAUGAUGAUCUGGAGUGGUUGGACUCUGAAAUAUCUGAAAUAUAUAUAUCAUCUACUAUUUAUAUCAUCUACUAUAGUCAAAUAUAUUAUCACCCGAAGAAAUUUGCAUUAUUAUCUUCUCUCCUUGUUCACACUUUUCAAUAAUUCUGCUAAAUUUCUUUGAAUUUGGUAAUUUUGGUUAUCAAAUAAACGGAAAUAAGAGGGGAAAAUGAGAAGUUGCUUCCCCUGUUUCUCAUCACAGAGUGUUUCAGAUGAUGAAUGCAUUUCAAGUGCAUCAAGUGUUCAAGGCUUCCGUGUUUUUUCUUACAAGGAGCUUAAGACUGCCACCGGUGGCUUCAAGUCUUCAAAUAAAGUAGGAGAAGGCAGCUUUGGCUCUGUCUACAAGGGAUACCUCAAAGAUGGAUCAACCGUGGCAGUCAAAGUACUUUCAGUUGAACUCGAGUCACUGCAAGGAGAACGAGAAUUUAUAUCUGAAAUCACAGCAUUAUCUAACAUCAAACAUGAAAAUCUUAUCACUCUUAAAGGAUGCUGCAUAUCUGCUGCCAACAGAUUUUUGAUCUAUGACUACAUGGAAAACAACAGCAUGGCACUGGCCUUCCUAGGAGGAUAUGAAAGCAGAAAAAAGUUUAGUUGGAAAAUGAGAAGGGACAUUUCAUUAGGAAUAGCACGAGGCCUUGCCUUUCUCCACGAGGAAAUUGAGCCUCACAUUGUGCACCGUGACAUCAAACCUGCCAACAUACUUUUGGAUAAGAAUUUCAUGCCAAAGAUUGCAGAUUUCGGUCUGGCAAAGCUAUUUUUGGACAAUACAUCUCAUGUGAGCACUCGUGUGGCAGGCACAUUGGGGUAUCUUGCUCCAGAAUAUGCAAUUUCUGGUCAUUUGACAAGGAAAUCAGAUGUGUAUAGUUAUGGGAUACUGCUGUUGCAUAUUGUUAGCGGACACAAAGUUGUAGAAUUCAACUUAGAGCAAGGAGAUGCAUACUUAGUUGACAAGGUUUGGAAGGAGUACAAAUCAGACAACCUUCAACAUUUAGUGGACCCGUCACUCAAUCGAGAGUACCCUGAAGAUGAAGCUACCGAACUGCUAAAAAUUGGCCUGCUUUGUGUGCAAGAGACAGCCACACUUCGGCCUCAAAUGUCAGCAGUUGUGAAAAUGAUAGCAGAUGGUAAAAGUAGGGCAGAUGUUUCAAUAUCCAAACCCGGUCAUCUUCCUGAUCUCAUGCAGCUUAAGAUAGGCCAAAAUCAUUCCCUAGAUAGUACUGCUUUUAGCAAAAGCUCUACGUCUCUUAGCAGUUAGCACCCGUACAGCAAUUGACCUCUGUGAUAUAUACUUUAAUUAGUGUGAAUUUUGUAUCUGUUUGGCUGGAGAUUGUUCCUUCAACUAAUAGCAUAUAACUGAUGAUUUUUUAAUUUUUUUAGAAAAUAAAAGUAAUGUAUAUGGUUUUGUACUUCC